AUUAACUGAAUAGUAAUCAAUAGUAUAACAAAUUAAUAAUACAAAAACAAUAAUGAAAAUUGAUCCGAAGGAUGUUUUAGCCAAAAGAAAAAGAAAAUCUUUCUUUCUUCAAUGUUUUGCUGGAACUGGGCUCAAAUUUUAGAUUCUGGCGGUUAGGGUUUGGUAAUUUGGGACGACGUGGCUCAAUGACAAUGAGUGAGAGGCAGACAAUCGACCUUGAGCAAGGAUGGGAGUUCAUGCAAAAAGGAAUUACAAAGCUGAAGAAUAUUCUUGAAGGCUUACCAGAGCCGCAAUUUAGCUCUGAGGAUUAUAUGAUGCUUUAUACAACCAUUUACAAUAUGUGUACCCAAAAGCCUCCUCACGACUACUCUCAACAGUUGUAUGAUAAGUAUCGAGAAUCUUUUGAAGAAUACAUCACUUCAACGGUACUUCCAUCUCUACGAGAAAAGCAUGAUGAGUUUAUGUUGAGAGAGCUAGUGAAAAGGUGGGCUAAUCAUAAAGUAAUGGUUAGGUGGCUUUCUCGGUUCUUCUACUAUCUUGACCGCUACUUUAUAGCCCGGAGGUCAUUACCUCCCCUUAAUGAAGUUGGACUCACGUGUUUCCGUGAAUUGGUCUACCAAGAGCUAAAUGCAAAAGUGAGGGAUGCAGUAAUUUCUCUUAUUGAUCAAGAACGUGAGGGUGAGCAGAUUGAUCGAGCUUUGUUGAAGAAUGUUUUGGAUAUUUUUGUGGAAAUUGGGAUGGGGCAAAUGGAUUACUAUGAGAAUGACUUUGAGGCCACUAUGCUGAAAGCUACGGCUGCCUAUUAUUCUAGGAAGGCUUCAAAUUGGAUUCUAGAUGAUUCUUGUCCGGAUUAUAUGUUGAAAGCAGAGGAGUGUUUAAAACGAGAGAAAGAUAGGGUCUCGCAUUACAUGCAUUCUAGCAGUGAACCAAAGUUACUUGAGAAAGUUCAACAUGAGUUGCUGGCUGUAUGUGCAACCCGACUGCUUGAUAAAGAGCACUCUGGAUGCCACGCGCUGCUCAGAGAUGACAAGGUGGAGGAUUUGUCAAGAAUGUUUAGACUAUUUUCUAAAAUUCCUCGAGGUUUAGAACCAGUGUCAAGCAUCUUCAAACAGCAUGUUACUGCUGAAGGCACAGCUUUGGUCAAACAUGCUGAGGAUGCCGCUAGCAGCAAGAAGGCAGAUAAAAAGGACAUGGUUGGGAUGCAAGAGCAGGUUUUUGUGAGGAAAGUGAUUGAGCUUCAUGACAAAUACCUAGCAUAUGUGAAUGAUUGCUUUCAGAAUCAUACUCUCUUUCACAAGGCUCUCAAGGAGGCUUUUGAAGUCUUUUGCAACAAGGGUGUUGCGGGAAGCUCAAGUGCAGAGCUACUUGCCACUUUUUGUGAUAAUAUUCUCAAGAAAGGUGGAAGUGAGAAAUUGAGUGAUGAAGCAAUUGAAGAAAUGCUAGAAAAAGUUGUGAAGCUACUUGCUUAUAUAAGUGACAAGGACUUGUUUGCCGAAUUCUAUAGGAAAAAGCUUGCUCGAAGACUUCUUUUUGACAAGAGUGCGAAUGAUGACCACGAGAGAAGUAUAUUGACAAAGCUGAAACAGCAGUGUGGUGGCCAGUUCACUUCAAAGAUGGAAGGAAUGGUCACAGAUUUGACAUUGGCAAGGGAAAACCAGACAAAUUUUGAGGAGUACUUGAGCAAUAAUCCAAAUGUAAAUCCAGGGAUCGACUUGACAGUAACUGUUUUGACAACUGGCUUCUGGCCAAGUUACAAGUCUUUUGAUCUCAACCUUCCUGCUGAGAUGGUCAAGUGUGUUGAAGUUUUCAGGGACUUCUAUCAGACGAAAACCAAACAUAGAAAACUUACUUGGAUAUAUUCUUUGGGUACUUGUAACCUUAUCGGGAAGUUUGAGCCAAAAACUAUGGAGUUGAUUGUUACAACAUAUCAGGCCUCUGCCUUACUGCUGUUCAAUUCCUUGGAUAGGCUCAGCUAUUCAGAGAUCAUGACACAGUUGAAUUUAACUGACGAUGAUGUAGUUAGACUUCUUCAUUCGUUGUCAUGUGCAAAGUAUAAAAUUCUUAACAAGGAACCGAGCACGAAAACCAUCUCUUCCACUGAUCAUUUCGAGUUCAACUCCAAAUUUACUGAUAAAAUGAGGAGGAUCAAGAUACCUCUUCCCCCUGUGGAUGAGAAGAAGAAAGUAAUUGAAGAUGUUGAUAAGGAUAGACGGUAUGCCAUUGAUGCCUCAAUUGUGCGCAUCAUGAAGAGCAGGAAAGUUCUGGGUCACCAGCAGUUAGUUAUGGAGUGUGUCGAGCAGUUAGGUCGCAUGUUCAAGCCUGAUUUCAAGGCAAUUAAAAAGCGAAUAGAGGACCUGAUUACUCGAGAUUAUCUUGAGAGAGACAAGGAGAACCCCAACGUAUUCAGGUACUUGGCAUGAUUUUGCCUAGUCAUUAUGCUGACGAAGUGGUGAAUAUUGCUUGGAGCAAAUAGAGCUCAAAAGGAUGGGAUGUGAUUGGUCAGUGGUGAAAGUGGCGUAAGCACAAUGAGAUGCCACCUGAUGAGUGCUUGAGCAGGAGCUAAGAUACUUGUACAGUAGGAGCCAGGUAUGGCAAAUUUCAAUAACUUAUGAAAUCAACCCGGACAAAUCGUGAUUGAUCUCAUAAUAUGGUCCGGUGUGGCAUGAGAAACCAUAGGGUAUCUGGUUUCUUAUUACUGCAAAGAUGACUUUGAUGCUUGUUUGUUUUGCCCCAUCAAAAGAAAGAAAAAUGUGUAAUUUUAGUUAUAUACUGAAAGCUCCAUUAUGAUUUUAAGUUUGGGAAGUGUUGGGUGAUGAUCUGCUUGAAUCCAACCACCAUUUUAUGCCCUUCUUAUGUUGUUCCUUCAUUGGUCUAAGCUAAGGGUGUAAAGAAAAUAAGUCAAAGUUUGAGCAUAUUUAUGUUGGACGUAAGCUCAGACUUGGUGUUUUGGAAAUAGUGUUUAAAGUCUUAUUUAACAAUGCGACACGCUAUCAUCCUUUUUUAUUAUGAACAAUCUUUUGUGGUAGGCUCACCACUUUUACA